AUGGAGAGAGGUAUCCAGCAGAAUUCUCCAAGAUUUGAUGCCAGCAGUAAAAGCUACAAAAGGAAAACGUACAACAGACGAAGAGUGAUGAAUGAGAAAAACAAAGGCGACUUAGUGAUAGAGAAGACUUUGAAACUUGAGGAUUACUGGAGUCUGUCCCAGGCUUCAUCUGAUAUAACUGUAGCUAUCACCACUUAUGAAAAUAGCUUAUCUUUACAGCAAGUAGAAAUUAUCACAGAAAACCCCAACUGGACAAAAUGCAGAGUUCCUCUUCUUCCUACUCCUCCAAGAUCUGACGGACCUUCCCUUCCAAUUGGAUCCACAUACUUUCUCUCUACUUCAAAAACAAGCAGGCAUCUAAAGAUUAGUAAUAAAAAUCAAAUAAGGGAAGGGGAAGUCACAAAAAUCAUGAGCCCUCGUUUUGAAGAAAUUCAUACCACUGAGCUUUCUGAAAUGAUGAUUUGGCAGCUCCAGAGAAAGAAGUACAGAGUGCUUGGUAUAAAUGAAUGGCAAAAUACAGGGUUCCAGAAAGAUGUCGUCAGCUACUUAUAUCUGUUGGAUCUUUGUGAUCGGCUGACAUUGUUUAAAGAUAUCAAAAGUGUCUUGAAGUUCAUCCAAGGCAGGGAGAUCCUUGCCUUAGUUUUGCCCUUUCAUCCCUGUGUGGAAAAUGUAGGUUGCAAGUGGGAGAAACCGUCAGAAAUUUUGAAAAUCAAUAGACAGAAUUGGGAAGAAAAAUUGAAUAGCCUACUUGAAGUGUUCAGGAAAGCUGACUUUGUCAUGGAAGCUUUCAUUAGACUUCCACACCUGUAUGAAGAUGACAGGUACAAUGAUUACUAUGCUCUGAACAAUGUUGUCUUUGUUUUAUUA